AAAGAAACAGAUGAGAAAGAGCAAAUGUGGCCCAACAAAUUUAAGUGUCGAUCAAACGAAAUUUUCGCAAAUGUCGAGCUCUUGAGGUGCCCGAGUAUGAAGGAGAUGGUGGAAGUACUGUACAUUGACCAAAUCAGACUCUCCACAGUUACAAUCAUCCUUAGUUACUGUAAUUAUUACAAACAAUGGAACAUAAAAAACACGGUUUCAAGUCUUAAGAAAUGCAGCCAAAAGAAAAAAAAACGAGACGGUAGGGGACACGGUUUAUGUAGACACGAGGUCAUCAUAUGGGUCCCGGCGCCCGGGCACUUGGCUUAUCUGAGCAUCCCAGAAAAUUUGAGCAUUGUGGCGCUCGAAUGUCCAAAAGCCAUAGGGUCGGAGGGGCAAGCUCCAAUACUCCUUAGCCUUUUUGCCAUUUUCUUUUAA